UUUCAGUAGCUUUCUCACCGAUUAUAAACGACGCUUUAUCAACUAUGCCAAUCACACGUGUUCACGCCCGCCCUAUUUAUGAUUCACGUGGUAAUCCAACCGUCGAGGUUGAUUUAACCACUGACAAAGGUAUUUUCCGUGCGGCUGUACCAAGUGGUGCUUCAACUGGUAUACACGAAGCGCUUGAACUUCGGGACAAUGAUAAAGCUGUCAAUCACGGCAAGGGUGUUUUACAAGCUGUCAGAAAUGUCAACGAACAUAUUGGGCCCGCUCUGGUUGCUAAGAAUUUCUGUCCAACUCAACAGCGUGAAAUCGAUCAUUUUAUGCUGGAGCUCGAUGGAACCGAAAACAAAGCGAAAUUGGGUGCCAAUGCAAUUUUGGGUGUUUCAUUGGCGGUUUGCAAGGCUGGCGCCGUUCAUAGAGGUAUGCCAUUGUACAAGUAUAUAGCGGAAUUGGCUGGUACCAAACAGGUUGUUCUACCAGUUCCUGCUAUGAAUGUUAUCAACGGUGGUUCUCAUGCUGGCAACAAACUGGCGAUGCAGGAAUUUAUGAUCAUGCCCGUUGGAGCUAAUUCAUUCAGCGAAGCAAUGCGUAUGGGUUCCGAAAUUUACCAUUACUUGAAGGUAAAACUUUUUGUGCCAAUAUCUCGAUUUUGA